GGUCUGUCAAGACCGGGGGCCGAUAUUCUUCCAGUAAGGACCAGCAAAGCAUUCACGUUUGUUUUAACUUUGAAAUUUAAAAGUUGAGUUUUGAACUUUUUAAAAGCUAUAUUUGCGGUAUGUAGCUAAAUCACGAUUCGCUAAGCGACCUAUGUACCCAAACGCAGAAAACGUUACCUGUUUCGACAAGAACAACAUGACGUAACAACCUGAUUGUUUUUGAAUACGCUGGCCAGUGUUUCCGUCUGUUCAUAAACAAAGAUGGCGACCAGUUUUGGCUGGAAGAGAAAACUAGAUCAAAAUGUUGCUCGGAAAAGGGCAAGAGCAUUUGAUGAAAGUAACCAGAUACCUGAUGAUGGUGAAGAUGAACCAUUUGAAUUGGACUGGCGAGUCCUUUUAGUUAAAAGAGGAGCACUGAGCAUCGAAGAUAAGGUCGUCAAAAGCAAGCGACUUCAAGACGAAGGAGUUUCCCUCGCGGAACAGCAAAGGUACUGGGAGGCAAUCACAAGGUGGAAUGAGGCCAUAUCUUUGACACCGAGUAACGAAAAGCUUUAUGAAAUGAAGUCACAGAUACUAUUGGAGUUGCAUGAGUUAUUUCCUGCUAUACAAGCUGCAGAAAAAGCUGUCUCACUGAACCCUCAUUGGCACAUCGCUCACCAAACACUUGGCCGUGCACAAAUGGGGUAUGGUGAUGUUGAAAUGGGUGUGAAAAGUUUUUCAAGAGCUGUCCUGUUACAACCUGAUGAUUUAGAUAUGUGGACUGAAGACUUGCACUGGGCCUGGAAACUGAGAGACCAAAAACGGAAACAGGAAAAAGAUAACAGCAGCUCUAGAUCUAUUCAAGAUACCCAGGAACUUCAGGAAUUAUAUGCUGAAGAUCUAGAUCAAGAUGAUGACUUUCAAGCAUUAAUUGGAUGCAAUGUCAAGAAAGAGCCAUGAAAGAUGUUACCAGAUGAUAAUGAUUAUUAUAAUCAACCAUGUUUGUUUCUGGAGUGAUAGGUUCCUGUAACAAGUACAUUCCAUUUGGGGAUUUGAAUUCAGGUCACAUUUCAAGUCACACCAUGACAACCUGGUGUACUUGAAGUCAUGUACAGAAGCUUAGAAAGACAUGUCAUACCUGUAAUCUGGUUGCAAACUAAAUGUGAGACUUGUCAUACUUGUAAUCAGGCCACAGGCUUAGAAGAGAAGACACUUGUAGUCAGGAUGUGUCACGAUUUGUAACUACUUGACAGGAGAAUUUAGCUUGUUACAUAACAAGGCUGUGGUAUAAAAAAAAUUGUGAGGUGCCCUUAUAUGAAAAAAGUAACUUAUUCCAGUCACCCAGAGGCAAAGGUUAGUUACCUGUGGCAUCCGGACACUUCUAGAGCACAGCUCUGCACAACAUGUCACACUAACUUGUAAUCAGGCCACAAGAUUGGUUUAAGACCAGUCACACUAUUUCUUGUGAUCAAGUUGCAAGCUCAAAUUGCAAGAUGUGUCAAUCUUGUAAUCGGGUUGCAAGUUUAGUACAUGACAUGUCGCUAAGCCCAUUGCAGGACCUCUCGCAGUUGUCGUUAGGUCUCCAGUGAAGUGCAAGACCUGUGUGUGACACUUGUACUCAAGUCUCAAUCUUAGUGCAGGACCUGCCGCACUGGUAAUCAGUUCAAAAGCAUAGACUUAGUGCAAGACCUGUCACAUCUGUAAUCAGUUCAGGAGCUAAGUACUGGACCUGUCAAAUUUUUUUAGGUCACAAGCUUGGUAGUGGGGGUUGCGUCAAAUUUGUCACUUGCGUUACGACAAAGUUCAUUUCUCUGUUAUGGUGGUUUAACACACUUUUCAGUAAAAUCCAUUCUUUGUCUCUGUCUAUUGAGAAAAUCCUGUGUGCUGUGUGUUAGCUACUCAAAAGUGCUUAGGGUAUUAAAUCUGAAGGUUACUCUUGGAAUCAGUCACUGUUACGGUCCGGGUUAUUAAUGUUUUAUGAAUAUCAACAAGAGAAUGUGAAAGGUAACUUGCAACAUCUGUAGAAAUCUCCGGUCCUACAGGCUAGUUUAAGCUUGCCAGAAAAUCACGAUGAAAAUUAAUGGCAAGGCAAAGGAGGCCAAGAACCUCUGACUUUUCUUGCUCUACAAUCUCGAGAGACUUAAAGUUAAUUAUACAACUUAAGGGCGUAGCUAGGGGUGUCCUGGGAUGCCCGUGAUCCCCCUUUUGUAAGCCUUUUUUAAGCAAACAACCUUCAACAGCUGGCGAAAAUGCCAUGACAAUAUCUUGGCAAUUGUUGAAAAGUCAGUGUGACUCCGCCUUUGAGUAAUCCUGGCUCCGCCACUAACUGUCACAAACAAGCUCAUGACGAAUGUAGAACACAAUUUUUUGUGCAAAUCAAACUUACAUCUUUGCAAGCAAGUUCAUUUUCAGUCUAAAAUAGCCCCAAGGUUACUGAUAACGUGAACUAGAAAAACAAACAAAUCAGAGACAGUUCUGGCCUUAUGACAUUCUUUUAUUCAUUGAGUAAAACCAUUACAUUAUGUAAUUUUAUCUUUUAUAGUCUCUGCAGCGAAAUAAAAUAAAAUUCCUAAGCUAAAAUCUCCAGUAAAAAGUGUUGUACCAACUCUCAACAGAAGGUGAAUACAGAUGUCUUGUUUCGAGGGGUAACUCAGUAAAUACAGCUAACUAAAUUAUUGCUAAGUUAUACAUUAUGGUAUUACUUCUGUCUCAAGAUUAACUGAAAUAAUACAUUUUUUAUAUUAUUACAGAUAAUUUGUCAAAGAGGAGUUGCUAAAAUUCACAAUUUUUUUUAACUAAUCAGGUUAUUGGGUUGUGGUGUCAUCUUUUCAGCAAACGUUUGAAAUAAGCACAACACAAACAUGACAUCAGUUUAUCUUGCACUGAAGCUUUCUUCAUUUGUACACCACAUAACACAUGCUGUGAAACAAGUACAGAAAAAAAUCAAACACAUUUUUCCCUUUACUCAAUGUAGUUUUUGAUGCAAAAGAAAAAAACAAGAGUAAUAUAGAACACAGAAUCUUAGUCGAGGUAACAUGAAAAAUACUGCCUGCAAUUCCCUGUUGUGGUAAUUGAGUAAUUAUAAUAUAAGGUAAAAAUUACUGAAAUGGAAGUUCAUCUUUCAUGCCAUACUGUUUGCUAUACAAUUUUUCUAGGCUGGAAUUUCAGACACUUUCGGGAAUUAAAGAUGCUUAUGUUCAGAUGUAGAUCAGUGUUGGUCUAACAGCACACAAAUAAUCACAUUUGUACGUGUGGCAGUGGUUAAGUCUUAGGGUGGGAAAUCAUUCUCUAGAGAUGUUAAAAAACAUAUUUGUUGGCAUAACUUGACUUGCACACUGGCAUUCACACUUACAUGCACUGUAGUGACAUUUAAUUUAACAAGCUCAAUAGUAACGUUUAACAUGUUACAUGUAUAUAUUUAUGUAUAUCAUAAUCAAACUUCAAAACAUCAAAGAAAAGUUAUUGCAUAAAUCAAAUCCUUUGCUACUGCCAGAACACUAUGAAACAAACAACCCCCAAGAAGUCUCUUUUUACUGACUGAGACAAAGACAAAAUGGCAAAUUUUCCUGUUCAUGGACAUUGAGCCAGUCCUUAGAUGCAAAUAGCCUUACAAGUUUUACAUAAUACACUCUUACUCGGAGCACUAAAAUGGACAUCAGUACCAGCCUGUCAAUUCCUUACACUCACUAACUUAACUCACUCACUUAAACUCACUAUCAGUUCAUUGUUUAGUGUGUUGCAUACCCCCUAACCCUUUCAGUUCCACAGCUCAAAAUUAACAUCAAAGUCUCCUUACAGAAAGCUACACAUUUCAUUUAAUGACAGUGUUGAGAAUUUGCUGGAGUGUCAAGAUGAUAUCCCUUGUCAAUAAUAAUUUUUGUCAUUCUCAUCACCUAUCUUCUUGACUAUGAAUUUCUAUCGUAAGAAAAAAGUCAGCUCUUGAUAAGGCUUGGGACUAUUAAGAGUUAUGACUACUUUCAUUUGCUCAUGCAACUUCAAGGAUAAAAAUCAUUUACGUCAAAAAUAACUUACAA